AUGCCUUUUGAACCGACAUACGGAACGACACACAAUGAAGGGUGCGAUCUCAAAUUUUGGCAUCAAGGAUCUGGUCCCCUUUUGAUGCUCGUGCCUGGAGGAGGUGGCAUUGGAAGGCAGUACAAUCGUCUUUUCGAAUACUUGGCCGACUCGUACCAUGUUUGUACACUGGACCGCCGACAGAACGGAGGGAGCACAGUCGAACAAGGCAAAUACACAUUCCUCAACCCUGCACAACAAGCCCGCGAUGUGAUCGCUGUGAUGAAAGCUCUCGGAUGUGAGAAGAUGCACUAUUAUGGGAACAGCGGUGGGGGCAUCAUUGGCUUGACGCUCGCUGUCAAUUAUCCUCAAUACUUGAGCCAUAUCAUUUCACACGAGGCUCCGACGAUAUCUCUUUUGCCAGAUGCAGUCGACUUGACGGAAUGGACGUAUGGAACAUUGGCGCUGUAUAAAGAAAAAGGCAGCGCUGCAGCUUGGAAUAGCUUUGCAGGCAUGUUGACGGGCUACGAAGAUCUGGCUCCUGGCGAGGAUCCGUCGUCUGAAGACAAGUCGAAUUUCUGGCAAUGGGAAUACAUCGUCUUCAAUACUUGGUGUCCGGAUCUCCGACGAAUCCGAACCAACAACGUAUCCAUUGCAGUCGCCGUUGGCAAGGACAGCAAAGACGCUUGGUAUGCUCGAACGGUCAAGGAGCAUAAGGAUAUCAUUCAAUGUCCGUACUACGUGUUUCCUGGGCCGCACACUGGCUUCUGGUACUAUCCCAAAGACUUCGCGCAGUCGUUGAAGACUGUGUUCAACGAUCUGGAAACUGGCAAGGCCAAAAACAAUGCACAUUGA